AAUCAGAUGACAUGAAAAUUAAGGGUCCCGCGAAGGACCAGGCCAGACCACUGUGGCCCCAAAAGGCCAAAUAUCACGAAACCACUCGGACCCACGUCCCCAUCACUGCUCCAGUCUCCGACGACAUCUCAUUACUAUCUAUCUCCCUCAAAAAUCACAUUCAUCAGUCACCACCACACCAUCAGGCAGCAUCAUCAUCAUCGCAUCGUGUCCCGGAACACUCUCAAUCACUGCGAGGAAGGUAG